CCUGGAGGGCGAGGCCUGCGUGCUGGAUGGGAACCCGCCGCCCCGGUGCGCGCUGAGGUCUGGGCUGUGCGGGACAAAUGCGGAGGAGUGCGGGCUGUGCUCGCCAACGCUCCGCGGCCACGGGGGACGCUAGACAGCUGCGGCCGCCCAGCUCGGGUCCAGAGCGAUUCCGCCCCGCCGGGAAGUCGGGUGCCUGAGCGGGGCCUCUCCAGGCUUUGGCAGAGCAGAGCGGCGUGUGCUUGGAGGAAGGUGCCGGGUCCUCCCCCCCUGCCCGCCCUGCUGCUUCAUGCCGGCGGCGGCGCCGAGCAGGGCUGGCGCCCGGCGCUGAGAGGCCGCAGCUGGGCGAGACGAUGGCCAAAUGGCUGAACAAGUACUUCAGCCUGGGCAAUAACACCACCAAGAGCAGCCCGCAGCCGCCGCGGCCCGACUACCGAGAGAAACGCAACGGUGCCGGCAGCGCGCCCCGCCCCGACAGGCCGCCGCACCUCUACCUUCACCACCACACCUCGCCUGGCUUCCCGCACCGCCGCGUGUGCGACGACACCAGCGACCUGCUCCGCGCCUACCGAGCCCAGAAGGACCGCGAUUUCGAGGACCCGUACAGCGGGCCCGGCUCGUCCCUGCUCAAGCUGCGUGCCAUGUGCCGCCCAGACUGUUCCGCGUCUGAGGACGUGGGCGAGGUGAGCCCCAAGGUGUUCUCCUCCUCGUCGUGCUGCGCCGCGCCCCCUGCCACCCGUGCGGCCGGCUCCCUGCACCUGUUUCGCAGCUACAGCGAGCGCGGCCCGGCGACUCCACCCGACGUGAAGUACAUCUCCCCCAGGCACCGGCUUAUCAAGGUUGAGAGCGGCACGGAUGGCAUAGGCAAGAAGCUGAACAAGGGGUCCAAGCAGCCGGCGACGUCCGUCCCCUCUGACAUGAAAGAUAAAGUAUUGAUAGCUGAUGACUACUCAGAUCCGUUUGAUGCCAAAAGUGAGUUGAACAGCAUGGGAAAAGGGGAAAACACUGGCUAUAUGGAACCAUAUGAAGCUCAGAGAAUAAUGACUGAGUUUCAGAAGCAGGAAGAUGUGAAGACCCAUCAGAAGAACAUGCAGCUUUAUGACACACCUUAUGAACCAGAAGGCAGUGUGCAGUCUGAUUCUGAAAGUGCAGUGAGUCACCACUUACAGGAAAGCAAGUUGCCACAGGAUGAUGACAGGCCUGCAGAUGAGUAUGAUCAGCCAUGGGAGUGGAACAAAAUCACCAUCCCAGCUCUGGCAGCACAAUUAAAUGGAAGUGAGAAACGGCAAGCACCUCCUUCUCCCUCAAAUGACCAGCACAGGCAGUUAAGAGCACCUGGAGGAGAGUUUAAACCCAUCAGAUAUGGCAGUCCAGAAUUUUGUGAGAUCGUGGGAGAGAGAAUAGAUCCAACUAUUCAACUGGAAAAGCAGAUAUGGUAUCAUGGAGCAAUCACUCGAACUGAUGCAGAAAACCUCUUACGCCUCUGUAAAGAGUGUAGCUACCUUGUAAGAAACAGUCAAACAAGCAAGCAUGACUAUUCCCUUUCAUUGAAGAGCAGUCAAGGCUUUAUGCACAUGAAACUGAUGAAGACCAAAGAGAAAUACGUCCUGGGCCAGAACAGCCCUCCCUUCAGCAGCGUUCCUGAAGUCAUCCACUACUACACCACCAAGAAGCUGCCUAUCAAAGGAGCAGAGCACCUGUCCCUGCUCUACCCUGUGGCUGUGCGGACCCUCUAACAACCUACCCUCACCUUUCCUGUGGAUGGGAGGCGAGAGGUGAGCUGGGUUGCAUAAAAUCAAUUGCCAGAAUUCCAUGCUGGAGCCUGUGCUGGAGACUGGCAGACUUUAGUCCUGGAAACAUGGGAGCUCUGUGGGGAUGUGCAUUGGGUUGUGUGUGUACUACUGUGAUGCUGCAGCAUGCCCCUAGCACUGGGCUUCUACAAAAGGCUGAGAAAUCCAAGUGUUGUGCAAACAGAUCAAGUAACCUUCACAAACAUUGGCUGUGAAUGAAAGUACUUCCCAGAGAGCAUUCAUACUCCAUGUUUUGAGAAGAAUUGAUGCAUUCUCAGCUGUAAACUUCUCCAUGUCAAAGAGUAACCUGACUCUGAGGUACUUUAGGCUGUACUUGGGCCUGAGAAUGAGCUGCCUAGCAGGCCAGUCCCUGUGACUCUGGUCACUGAAGUUGAUGAGGUUUAGUUUUUUUCCCUAAUGCAGUUUCUUGGGGUGGUCAAAUAUUGAACUCCUAUUGGGCACAAAAUGUCAACAGAAUUUUGUGAGAGCCAAACACAGUGAAUUAUUUAAGAACAAUGAAUGUAAUUAAAUGCAGUUUGUAACAUAUAUAUAUAUAUAUUAAUCCCUCUUGGUACAAUAAUCUCUUAAAGGUUGAUGUCUUCAUUUGCAAGUUUCUUUCAUAGAUGCAGGUAACUAAUUGUGUCUGGACCACUUAAACUGUAAUGUUUUAAGCAGCUGAGAGUGGGUCAUUUUAAUACAUGGGCUAGUAUACAUGCAUGGCACUGCUCAAAGCUUUCUUCAAAGCCAUAGUAGCAAAAUCUCUGCGUGCUCAUUCAUCAGUUUUCCCACUGAGGUAGCAGACUAACAAGUGUGUGUACACUGCCUUUCCCUAAGAUGUUUUUUUGCAGCUCUAUGAGUGAGGACUAUGGUGUGUAGCAGAGCAGAAUUUGUUUUUCCUGGUGUACCUGGGCAGUUUUAAAGUGUGGUCCCUUGACAGCUACUCUCUAGCCAGUCUACAUUUUCACCAUGAGCAGUAGCCUCUUGCUAUAUUACAGUUGCUGUCAGCCAGAAGCACUGCAGAAGCUGCUCUGUACCUUAGUCCUGCCACUGUUAUGUUUUACGUGUUCUGUUUGCUUGUUGAAUGGGAUAAGUGAAAAAAAAAAAGCUGUUGUAUAGAAACUGUAACUGGAGAAGCAAUAGGGCUGAUAGUGCUCACUUUGUGCCAUCCCCCACCAGUGUCUAGAGUGUUGUGCAUUACCCCACCAGCUGUUGUAGCAGCAAACUUGUAAUGUGCAGUUCGUGCCUCUUACAGGCUGCAGCAGGACUGUGAAACUGUGUGUUGUUUAGUUCAGCUUACCUAACUGCAACCUCUUUUACGAGGGCUCAGGAAGAAGUGGAAAUCUGAAAACAGUAAUGGAAUCAUCACUUACUGCCUGUAGCAAUAGUGCUUUGUUAUGCUGCCUCUGGGAAGACCCUCCAGAAUGCUCCACAGAAUGUCAUUAGUGAUGAAUGUUGUGCUUCCGUUUAAGCUUAACUCGUUCUUUAGAUGAUGCCCAGCACAGUCUGAACAGGACUCACACACAUGUGAGUGACCCAGUGCCAUUCCGUGGUGCAGCAGUAGUGGGUCAGACUCUUCCCAUCUUACCCAGAACUCGAAGCUGCAUUGGAUUGGGUUCUUACUGACAUUCUAAGAGAAGGGUGGCACAAGGGAGUACAAAGGCACAACAUUUCCUCUCCAGGUGAAACCGAAUGUCUUUCUCAUGUGCCUACUUAUAUGGUCUUUUUAUUUUCCUGAAGACUUUGCAGAACUCUUUGUCAGGACUCCUUUUAUCACCCAACUGGCAGGAACAUUCAGGCACUCUUAAAUCAGCAUAUUCUUCUCUCACCAGAAUAGGAGUUCUCCUGGUUUAGGACAGCCCGCUCACAUAAGCCACGUGCACACACAGAUGGGGAGGAAAAAUAACACACACAAACACCCAAAAACCACUUGGGUUGAGGUAAGGAGUUUAAUGAGAUGAUACAAGGUGCAAUUACCUUAGUCUGUUUCACAGGGAAAAAAAAAACCCUACAGCAAAAGCAGAAGCAGCAGCAGAAGCCAGAUAUAAAACUAUUCCCCCCAUCCCCGAAGCCUGCAGCCAGCCCAGCAGAAAAGACCAACGCUCCAAACUUGGAAACUGGGAGCAGCAACCAAGAGCAGGAAGCCUCUCAUGUUAUACGUUUCUCCAGCCAGCACUGCCAUUUGAAAAGCAUGGUAUUGGAUGCUCAUCCACAGACUCAGUUGGCUACACCUGUGACAGAGCUCAUGAAAGUGGCACAGCUCUCAGAGAGACUGCAUCUGCUACUAUCCUGAGCCUGUGUUUUGUGGGGAUACCUGACAGCUCUGCCACACCCCCCGGGGCAGAAAUAUGUCAUGAUUGUUCUUUUGCAUGUUGAAGUGCAUAUUUCAGACUGUCGUUGCUGCUGUCCUAGGGCCUGCUUUUUUCUUUUUCUGUAAUGAAAAGUAAGCCUCUACCCUCUCUAACAGCAAUUACAGGUGAAAAACAACAGCAUCAGUAACCAAGACUUUGCCAGGCUUCCUUAAGUACACUGUCCUUAGCUCAUGGAGAGGUUUGCUACACAGAACCUUGCUUGCCAUGAGCCUGAUGGAAAGUCAGCUGAAGCCAGCAGAUGCCUCUUUAUCACUGCUUGAAGACUGGGGGUUGGGAUCCCUGGCUUCACACAGAUCCUGAGUUCAUUACAGCCUCAAGGGGUCAGGCUCAGCGAGAGAGAAUAAUCUCAGAGAAUGUUGCUGUCUGUUGAAAGGGUUUGGUUGUUGUUUUUUUUAAUGAUGAUUUUUUAAAAACUCUUUUAGAAACUACUCAGUAACUGCAGAAUAAGCAAAUAAAAGCAGGAUUUUGUUUGAACUAUAAUGCUGUCUUUGUUUAUUUAAGUGAUUGCAUGGUAAUUUUUUUUUUCCUUGCACAGUGAAGGAAUAAUAUUCCCAGAACUUUUGGUGUUCAGCAAAAACAAAAAGCAAUGUGUUGCAGUGUGUAUUGCCUAUAGGUGGAAGCUCUCACAGCAGUCAUGCCUAUGUAGCACUCUAAAAGUUUAUUAAAAUAUAUAUAUAUAUAUAAAUAA